UUCACAGUCAGCAGAGCAGAAGGAGGAAAACAAGUCUGAGGCAGAACAAAAAAUCACACUUUGAGACAAGACCCUCAUUUUCAGACGUUGUCAGUUUACCAGCGUUAACGAACCAAUCAAAACAUGUGAAAACGCCAGAGUUCACUGAACCACAGCAAACAGAGAGCCAAGAUGACAGAGGCGGACCUCCUUAAGCUUCUGGGAGAUUUAACAGGUCAUCAAUUUGAGAAGUUCAAGUGGCACCUGAAGAAAAAAAAGGUGGACGACAUCCCACCCAUCCAAGAGAGCCAGCUGGAGAAAGCAGAGAGGCAGGAUGUUGUAGAUCUGAUGGUGCAGAAAUAUGAAUUUUCUGGAGCUGUGGAGGUGAUGAAGAGCGUUUUAAAGGAGAUCGGCAGGAAUGAUCUGGUGAAGGAGUUAAACAUCAGCUCAGGAGCAGAAGGACCAGCAGAUGCAUGUUCAGGCCCAGCAGCCCCUCUGCCCCCCCCAGAUGAACCAGCCCCACCAACUGUAGAAGGAGGACCAGCAGAUGCAUGUUCAGGCCCAGCAGCCCCUCUGCCCCCCCCAGAUGAACCAGCCCCACCAACUGUAGAAGGAGGUCUAUGUAAGAUCACUGUGAGGAGGAGAUGUCAAAAUGUGACUGAAACAAGUGAUGAACCAGGAGGUGAAACCUACUUCAAUGAUAGGUUCACUGAUGUCUACAUCACAGAGGGAAGGAGUAACGAGCUUAAUACUCAACAUGAGGUGUGGCAGCUUGAGACAGCUUCCAAGAUGAAGACCCUCCAUGAUGCUCCAAUCAAGUGCCACGACAUCUUUAAAGCCUUACCCAAGCAAAGAAAAUACAUCAAAGUGGUUCUGAUGAACGGCGUCGCUGGCAUUGGAAAAACCUUCUCAGUGCAGAAGUUCGCUCUGGACUGGGCAGAGGACUUGAACAACCAACAUAUCAGUCUGCUGUUUCUGUUUCCGUUCAGGGAGCUGAACUUGAUCAAAGAUGAGCAGUACAGUCUGAUCAUGCUGAUCUAUGAAUUCUAUCCAACAUUACAAAACAAGCUCACAGCAGAGAAGCUCGAUGUCUGUAAAGUUCUGUUCAUCUUUGACGGCCUGGAUGAAAGCAGACUUUCACUGGAUUUCAACACCAGGAAGGUCGUGACUGAUGUCACACAGAAGACAUCAGUCAGCGUGCUGUUGACAAGCCUCAUCAAGGGGAAGCUUCUACCUCUGGCUUUCAUCUGGAUAACUUCCCGACCUGCAGCAGCCAAUCAGAUCCCUCGUUCAUGUGUGGACAGGGUAACAGAAGUACGAGGCUUCACUGACUCCCAGAAGGAGGAGUACUUCAGGAAGAGAUUCAGUGAUGAAGAGCAGUCCAGCACAAUCAUCUCACACAUCAAGACAUCCAGGAGCCUCCACAUCAUGUGUCACAUCCCAGUCUUCUGCUGGAUCACUGCUACAGUUCUGGAGGAAAUGUUGACUACAGACCAGAGAAGAGAGCUGCCCAAGACCCUGACUGACCUGUACUCACACUUCCUGGUGGUUCAGACAAAGAGGAAGAAGAGCAAGUAUGAUGGGGGACAUGAGACGAGUCCAGAGGAGCUGACGGAGGCUGACAGGAACCUUCUUCUGAAGCUGGGGAGGCUGGCGUUUGAACAACUGAUGAAAGGAAACAUCAUGUUCUACCAAGAAGACCUGGAGCAGUGUGGUCUUAAUGUCACAGAGGCUGCAGUGUUAUCAGGAUUUUGUACACAGAUCUUCAAAACAGAGAAACUCCAGAAGAAAACAGUCUACAGCUUUGUUCAUCUGAGCGUUCAGGAGUUUCUGGCUGCAGUCUACAUGUACCACUGUUACACCAGCAGGAACACAAAGGUACUGCAGGACUUCAUACAAGAUCUGGAAGAAGAAGAAGAAGAAGAAGAAGAAAACAGAGAUGAUAACCCCUACCCAUCUCUGGAUGACUUCCUGAACAGAGCCAUGGAGAAAUCUCUCCAAAGUAAAAAUGGCCACCUGGACCUGUUUGUCCGCUUCCUUCAUGGCCUCUCUCUGGAGUCCAACCAGAGUCUCUUAGGAGGCCUGCUGGGUCAGACAGACAACAGUCCAGAAACCAUCCAGAGAGUCACCAACAACCUGAAGAAGAUGAACUCUCUUAUGAUCUCUGCUCUUAGCUCUCCUGACAGACGCAUCAACAUCUUCCACUGUCUGAUGGAGAUGAACGACCGCUCAGUGCAUCAGGAGAUCCAAGAGUUCCUGAAGUCAGAGAACAGAUCAGAUAAGGAACUCUCUGAGAUCCACUGCUCAGCUCUGGCCUACAUGCUGCAGAUGUCAGAGAAGGUUCUGGAUGAGUUGGACCUGGAGAAGUACAACACAUCAUGGGAGGGACGACGGAGACUGAUCCCAGCUGUGAGGAACUGCAGAAAGGCUCGACUUUCUCACUGUGGACUCUCAGUCACUGACUGUGAAGUGUUGGCCUCAGCUCUGAAGACCAACCCUCAUCUAACAGAUCUGGACCUGAGCUACAACAUCCUGUAUGAUUCAGACAUGAAGCUUCUGUGUGCUGGACUGGAGAGUCCAAACUGUAAACUGGAGACUCUGAGAUUGUGUGGCUGCAGUUUGACAAAGAAGACAUGUGCUCCUCUGGUCUCAGCUCUGAAGUCCAACCCCUCCCAUCUGAGAGAGCUGGACCUGAGCUACAACGAGCUGCAGGUUUCAGACGUGAAGCUGCUGUCUGAUCUUAAGGAGAGUCCAGACUGUAAACUGGAGACUCUGAUAUUGGAGGACUGCAGUUCAUCAGAGACCAGCUGUGCUCCUCUGGCUUCAGCUCUGAAGUCAAACCCCUCCCAUCUGAGAGCGCUGAAUCUGAGUAACAACAAGCUGCAGGAUUCAGACGUGAAGCUGCUGUCUGAUCUUCUGAAGAAUCCAGACUGUAAACUGGAGGGUCUGAUAUUGGUGGACUGCAGUUCAUCAGAGACCAGCUGUGCUCCUCUGGUCUCAGCUCUGAAGUCCAACCCCUCCCAUCUGAGAGAGCUGGUUCUGAGUAACAACAAGCUGCAGGAUUCAGACGUGGAGCUGCUGUCUGAUCUUCUGAAGAAUCCAGACUGUAGACUGAAGACUCUGAUGUUGCAGGACUGCAGUUUGUCAGAGACCAGCUUUGCUUCUCUGGUCUCAGCUCUGAAGUCCAACCCCUCCCAUCUGAGAGUGCUGGUUCUGAAUAACAACAAGCUGCAGGAUUCAGACGUGGAGCUGCUAUCUGAACUUCUGAAGAAUCCAGACUGCAGACUGGAGGCUCUGGGUUUGGAGGGCUGCAGUUUGUCAAAGAUCAGCUGUGAUUAUCUGGCUGCAGCUCUGAAGUCCAACCCCUCCUAUCUGAGAUAUCUGUAUCUGGAUAAAAACAACCUGAAGGAUUCAGAUGUGAAGCUGCUGUCUGAUCUUAAGAAGAGUCGACGCUGCAGACUGGAGGAUCUGAGCUGGUGAUGAUCUCUGUCAGAGUGAGAGUGAACAUCCAGGAGUGUUGAGAGAGGAUCAGCUGGAUCCUGAUGAUCCAUCUGGAGUCUGGAUCUGGAUUUUAUCAUCUUCACUUAAGUCUCUUAACUGACUACAAACUGAACAGUUAUCUCUGGAUUUAGCUGAAGUCAGCACUUUACAGAUUUGUUCUACAUGAGCUGUUUGAUGUAGAUAAAGAUAAAAACAGGUGUUAUAAGUCAGACUGUGAGCCUGGGCUCAUAUUUAUCAAGCGUCUCAGAAUCACACUGAGAGUUAACGAGGACUAAAACUAAUGAAUGAAGCAGAAGAGAAUUGAUACUGAGUGAGAAAAAACAAUCUACAAAAACAGUCAAAACUAUUAAAAAUAAGAAAAUAAAUGAAAAUGUAUAAAUUGUAAAGUUAAAAUGAUAAAUUAGGGGAAUGGAUUGGAAUCAUAAAAGAAAUCUAUAACAUGGUAAAGUGAACUUUCUCCCUGAAUCUAUGUUUGGACAAAUGUUCCAGUUACUGAAGGAAAUGGACUCAUUUAGAUUCAGCGGCUCCUCAACAUGACAAUGUGUAAUUAAUAGAAAUGUAUGUAUGUGUAUAUAUGUGUGUACGUAAGAAGGUGCAGAUUAAUGUGUAUGUAUACAUGUAUGUGCCUAUGCAAAUAUAUCUGUAUAUUCAUAUAUGUUUAUGUACAUUUAUACAUAAGAGCAAAUGUUUGUAAGUCUUAUGUUGUAGGAAUACAACAGCGCCCUCUGGUGAGCACCGGGAGCAUCAUCACACAGACUGUGGAUUUCUGUUUGGAUUUGUAAUAAUGCAUUCUCAGUGCUCACUGAUCACACAAGAGGAAGUAUCUCUGAAAUAUAAAGACACAAACUGAUCUAACAGGACAAGUUAGAACUGGACUCAAUAACUCCUGAAUUUGACUCUUUCUCUAUAAUUGUACAAACGGUGCCAACGUGACUCAUUUUAAUAUUUUUAUGACUAUUUUUUCUUCUAUUUUCUGUA